GAUUAAUGACGCUUCCGCCUUACAGAGUUACAGUCUCAGCGAGAUAACAUGAGUAGAAUACGCGAAGAGAACAGGAAGGUCCGGUCGGACUACGAUGAGCUCCAGCUCCGCUACGAUGAAGAAGUUUACAACGGGGGAUCGUGGAAGAAAGACAAGGAGCGCCUUGAGACCAAGAACCAGGACCUCACCAAAGCUUACGAAUCCUCGACCGCUGCCCAAAGCGAGCAGCAGAACCAGAUCGUCUCUCUUCACUCGCAAGUGCGUGAACUGCGGAGCGUGCUCAACGACGCAGAGACGGACAGGGCACUGCUCCAGAAGGCACGGCGCGCGCUGCAGGCUGAGCUGGAUGCGAUCAAGAUGGACAAGGUCGAUACCAGCAAGAUGACAUCCGAGACAGAAAUGCAGAAGCUGAAGCUGGAGAAGCAGGACCUGGAGCGGACGCUGGAGGAACAGAAUGAUCGUGUGGGAAUGGCAUUUGAGAGAAUGAAGAAGGCCGAGAACUACGCGAAUGAGUGCCAGAUCGAGUUGGGCAAGAUCAGGGUGGAAAAUUCGGAGCUGGACAAGCUCAAUGCCAACCUGGAGAAGCAGAUCAAGGAGCUCAACGUGCGCAUUGUCGACCUCGAGACCAAGUCGCUCAACUCACCACGUCCUCCGACGACUUCGCGACGCCUUGAGAGCCGGAUCGAGGAGCUCACGAAUCAGCUGCACCAGAACUCGAAGGACAGUGUGCGGCUGCAUCGCUCUGCGGACAAGAGCGCGCGCGAUGCGAAAUAUCAGCUGGUGGAGGCGGAGAGGCAGAAGGCCCGCCUCGAGGAGGAGGUGAGGAACUAUGAAACGAAGAUUGUAAGCAUGCGGAAGGCGAUGGACGAGCUGCAAACGUCGGAGAAUAACUUACAGUUGGAGAAGAGGCGAGCGGAGCGGGAGGCUGCGGAUCUGAAGCAGAAGGCACUGAACCUCGAACGCGAGGUGGAACGCCUCCGGAGUCGGCUUGAGCGCCCGUCGCCCGCGCUCCUGGGCUCACCCAAGAGUUCUCCACGCAAAUGAAGAUGAAACGAGGAACAAUGUAUCCACCUCCACUUCACAGCACCCCAGCGAUAACUUAGAUAUGCCAAUACCCUCAUGAUGCUAUGACAUU